AUGGAGUUGAAGGAAGGAUUGGAGCCAGUGAGUCCAACUGCACAAUACUUCAACAGCUCUGCAUUAUCUGCAUUUAUUCUCACCGUUUUGGAAAUUGAAGUUCCAAUUAUCACCGACAUCCACGUGCACGCCAUAUCUUUGCUCAAGGAUUUAUUCCUCCCUAUCAAUCCACGCUUCUCCUCCGUCAUGGUUACAAACCAAAAAGGUGAUAGACAAUGGAAAAGGGUUGAAGUGAAGCUUGAAGACCAUGUUAAUGUCCCCAUUUUCCCUGCCGGGUUGUCACCCACAUCAUACGAUGCAUAUCUUGACGACUACUUGUCAAAGGUAGCAAUGGAUCACUUUCCCCAAAGCAAACCACUAUGGGAAGUUCACGUAUUCAAGUAUCCAACAAGCAAUGCAGCUGGUAAUAUCAUAUUCAAGCUUCAUCAUUCGCUUGGUGAUGGCUACUCUCUCAUGGGUGCUCUACGAAGUGCUGAUCAUCCUUCUGCUCCCUUAAAGUUGCCGUCACGCCCACACACAGAACUAGAAAGUGAUAAUAAAAGUGCUCUUGCAAAAGUGUUUCAAAUCUUUCCCUUGAUCUCUAACUCACUAUCGGAUUUUGGAUGGAGCAUUUUGAAGAGCACUUUGGUUAAGGACGAUCGGACACCAAUUAGGUUGGGGGAUGAAGGAGUAGUGUUUCUGCCAAUCACAAUAUCAACCAUGACAUUCUCUCUUGAUCGUAUCAAACACAUAAAGGCUAAGCUUGGAUUGACGAACCUUUCAAGUUUGAAAAUGGGGCACUCUCAUUCUGAUGGUCGUGGUUCUUCACCCAGUAACUCAUCAGGGAAGGAAAAGGCAUCCAAUACGCUGCUUGCCAAACCCAAACCCAAGGAUGAUCUAGUUGAUGAAGCUAGCUCGAGGCCUGGAAUUGGUUUGAGAUCCCACAGCAAUCCAAAAGAGAGAUCCAUAUAUACAACCAGAUAA